GCUGUGUGUGUGCCUGGCCACAGGAUGGGUCUAGGACUCGGCCGGGCUCGCCCUUCUGUACUCGGCAGCGCCACCUGGCGGUCACAGUGCUGCGCUGCAGGAGGCGCGCUCACGGGGGCGAGGCGCGGCGCCAGCCCCCAGGGGACUGAGGGAAACCCGCGGGCCCGGAGUGUGGCUGGCUACCUGGGAGCGCGGACGAAAGGGCAGGCCCGGAAGUGAUCCUCACCGGGCAGCGAGGGGUUUGGGGAGGGGCCUGGCCCGGAGAGGCCCGCCUUCCGCGACACAGCUGACACAGAGACAAAGUCCACUUGGAUGGAAGUGGGAGCUGAGUGCGAGGGGCCAUUUUGAGCCCGCGGUUAAAGGACGCGUUCUGGGAGCCCCUGCGCCAGGGUCUGAAGAUAACUCGGUGGAUAUGCUGGCCGUAAUUCUCACAGAGGACCCUGAGAUUUCUGCACUUUGAGCAAUGCCAAGUUCCACUGGACUUGUUCUGAGGCCCCUGCCCUAGACAAUGGCUAAGGGGCUCCUGGUGACCUAUGUUCUCUGGGCUGUAGGGGGCCCUUUUGGCCUCCACCACCUAUACCUGGAAAGGGACAGCCAUGCCCUCCUGUGGAUGCUUACCCUGGGGGGCUGUGGGCUAGGUUGGCUCUGGGAGUUCUGGAAGCUCCCAAGAUUUGUAGCUGAAGCCAACAGAGGCCAGAGGCAGAAGCAGAGCCCAGGAGAGGGAACACCUCCCCUGAGUCCCAUUCGCUUUGCAGCUCAGAUGAUAGUGGGCAUCUAUUUUGGCCUUGUGGCUCUGAUUGGUCUUUCUCCCAUGGCCAACUUCUACAUUGUAGCCCUUCCACUGUCAGUUGGCUUAGGGGUCUUGCUGGUGGCUGCUGUUGGCAACCAGACCUCAGACUUUAAGAGCACUCUAGGUGUGGCAUUCCUUACUUCCCCCAUCUUCUACUGCCGCCCCAUAGCCAUUCUGCCUAUCAGUUUGGCUGCCAGCAUCACAGCCCAAAAGCAUCGCCGCUACAAAUCCUCAGCAGAGUCGGAGACUCUCAGUGUGCUACUCUACCGGCUAGGCCUGGCUUACCUUGCUUUCACAGGCCCGCUGGCCUACAGUGCUCUGAGCAACACAGCUGCCACCCUGAAAUACAUGGCAGAAAUCCUUGGCUCCUUCUUGAGUUGGUUCAGCUUCUUUCCCCUGCUUGACUGCCUCAUUGAGUCCAUCCUCUUUCUGCCUUUUCGGAUCUGGUGGCUCAUGGUUGGGGAUCCUGGCCUCCACAGCAGCUACUUCCAGGAAUGGGAGAAGGUCUGUGAGUCUGUUCACAGUUUUCAGGAUGAGAAACAUCAGCUGGCAUACCAGGUUUUGGGCCUUUUGGAGAAGGCAACAAAUGAAGAAAUACACCGGCGGGCGUUACAGGAGCUAGUGAAGGUCUGGCAUCCUGAUCACAACAAGCAGCAAGAGGAGGCCCAGAGGAAUUUCCUGGAGAUCCAGGCUGUGUAUGAAGUCCUGAGUCAGUGCAGGAAGUCCAGGGGGGCCUGGAGGUGAGAAGUGGCUUCCGCUGGGACGGACUCUUCCCAGCAGAGCUGGGCUGCUCAUCCCAAGUGUGACUUGGCCAUAUGGGGCAUCCCAGCACUGUUAAACUGUCUGCUUGUGGUGGAAAUGAAGAAAACCCUAAAGGGGUGAGGAAGAGUGUGGUAGAAAAUAUACUUGUGUUCUGAAUUUCUGAAUUCUUGACUCUUGCAUCCUUGACUAUAUUUUCUUAAAACCAGAGAGUAAAAGACAUACUACAAAUAAAUACCUUUCAAAGAA